AUGCACGUCAGACCAAUCGUUUCCCUGGCCGUUGCCACUCUGGUGGGCAUGGCCUCGUCUUCAUACACCACCAAAUACCUAACCGGAGCGUCUAACAACACGAUCCAGGUCUUGGUCGAGGGAAACGGCCCAGCACUACUUGUCUGGCCCUCUUUCGCUCGCGAUAGUAUCGAAGACUUCCAUGAGUUUUCCACCGCCCUCGCCGGAGCUGGAUAUCGCGUCCUUCGACCUCAACCCCGUGGGAUGGGCGAGUCAACUGGUCCCGUGGACACCACUUGGGGUGAACUGGGUGCCGACGUCCUCUCAGUUAUCGACACGUUUGGCAAUGGAAAGGCAGUUGUCCUUGGCCAUGCCGCUGGCCAACGCGUCACCAAGUACAUGGCCGCAACCUACCCGGAGAAAGUACCUUCGAUAGUGCUUGCAUGCAUCAGUACUGGUCUUAACCCCAACGCCACCAUCAGCGCCACGGCGACCAUUGCCAGUAACUACACCAACUCGGUUGAGGAUAGACUGGCCGCCUUAGAGCUGGGCUACUUUGCCCCUGGUCACAAUGCCUCGGUCUGGUUGACGGGAUGGUACCCGGAGGCCGUCGGUGCUGUAUCCGGCACCGGGGUGGAUACACUCGGGGCAAACACCACCCAGAUUCUGGACGUCAUUGCAACUCUUGAUCCUUGGAGGAAGGAGGAUCAGUGGAACUACACCACUAAUCUGGCUGGCAACCGUUCUACGAUGGUUUUCGUCGACGACGCAUCUCAUGCGUUGUUCCCCGAGAACUUACAGGGGCUUUUGGAUGUUUUGCUGCCGUGGUUGAAGUUGCAGACCUCUUCUUGGAAAUAG